UCAACCCCUAGCCUGGGAGCCUCCAUAUGCCGCAGGUGCGUCCCUAAAAAGAUACACACACGGGAAAAAACAAACAGUGGAGCCAGGACCACAAUGAAUUUGGGAAAUCGGAUUCCAUCACAUAACAGGAACAUUAUACCUGUGAAUCACAUUUGCACCUUCUUACACGUCUCCAGAACACAAGCUCAGUAAUCUGUUUAGAUGGAGGGAGGGGACGAUGCUACAUCUUUUUUUUUUUUUUUUUUUUUUCUUUUUUCUGCUGUGUCUAUUGGUCAGGUGAGGUAACAGUCUGUGAAGGGGCAAUGACUUGUUCAAGUCGCAUAUGCAGGGCUGGAUGUGAUGGACAGGCUCCAUCCUCUCAGAAGGCACACUAAUGUACCCUAAGGUGAUCCUGGGCACACACCCAGGCAGGUGGGAGGGAGGGUGAGUUAGGGUUGUCAAGUGCAGCCUUUCCUGGGUCAGGGUGAGGAUAAGUGCGCUUGCUCCUGGGCCAGCUGGGGCCUGAGUCAUAGCAGGACCUUGAAGCCAGAAGUUUAAGGGCAAGUGGUACCCAUUGUCAUUGUCCCAGGAUAGUGACAGGUGGUGGCUGCCUUCCCAUCAGCACUUGUUCCCAGGGCAAGUCCUGAGGGGGCGGGGGUUGGAAUGAGGGCCUUGUCAAGUGCCUAGGGGAGCCGAGAGCUAGUCUUGCCUCAGAGGGGCUUUAGAGGAGGGACCACCGCUACCCUAAAGGUUCCUAAGAGACCCCACAUCAGCCUCUGGGACUUGUUCUGAUGGUCAAGGCAGCCUCCAGCCUCUUCCAGUAGGUUUCCACUAAGAGCAGCGGGUCCAGCCAGGGACAAGCACUUUCCCGAGGCCCCAGUACAACUUUUGGAGUAGGGGGGAAGCCCUCCAAGACUCGCUCCUCUAUCAAAGGUGAGAGGGGUGAGGGGUCCAGGAAGAGAGCGGGGGCGCCCUUAUGAGCUCUCCCUGGGACAGGCUACAGGAAGGGAGGAGGGGGCUCUGCCAUGAUGGGAGGAUGCUGGGAGCUGACGAAGAUGAAAUUGCUGGCAAGCCCCGUGUCUUCUUGCCCCCUGGCGCACACUCCCAGCUACACACCAUAGUGCUUGACCUGGGGCAGGUGCCCACGUAGCCUCAGUUCCUCACCCGUGAUGGCAGAGUAGCGCUGGGCCCAGCUCCUCCGUCCAAGCAGGACGCCUGCCUGCCUGCCUUUCCCUCACCUUCCCGUCGACCAAGGCCUAGAAUGCCACCCCAAGCGCCCCUGUCUGCGCCCGAGAAGGGGUCCGGGAGGGUAGGGCCCAGGGCCCCCGGUCUCUCCGGCCGCAGACGCCGCUGGCCUCCGGGGAGCGGACGCGGCCGCUUUAAGGCGCGGUGACCCCGCGGCACCCGCGGGCGGGGCGGGGACUGUGCGGGCGGCCCGGCCCGGCGGAGGCGGAGGCGGAGGCAGGGAGCUAGAGCGCAGCGUGCGGCCCCACCAUGCUGACCACGUUCGCCCCGCCAGCCCUGCUCAGGCUCCCCGGGCGGCUGCCCGCGGGCCCCGCGCGGCGCCAGGACUCCUCUGGUUCGUCUGGCUCCUACCACACGGCUCCAGGUUCUCCAGAGCCCCCGGACGUUGGGCCGGACGCGGAGGGCUGGGCGAAUUGGCCCGGGGUGGCCCCUGCGCUGGGGGCGGGCGUGCAGCCUCGCCUGUCCGUCAGCGCCCAGAAUAGCCGCCAGCAGCUCGGGCCCGGCUCGGGUUUCCCGCAAGGCCCGGGCUCGGGCCCGCAGCCACCCCGGCCCCAGCUGCGCAUGCUGCCGUCGGGGGAGAUGGAAGUCAUCUUCGGCGCCGGGCCCCUGUUCAGCCGCUCCGACGCGGAGGACAGCGAGGUGCAGCAGCUCACGAGCCCGGCCUUGGGCAGCCUCCCUCCGCCGGAGUCUGUGUCUCCCGGCGCUGCGGAACCGCAGCCUCAGGGCCCCGACGGUGGCUCCCGCUGGGCCACCUACCUGGAGCUGCGGCCUCACGGGCCGAGUCCUGCCACGCCCGCGCAGUUCGAGUGCGUGGAGGUGGCGCUGGAGGAGCGUGCCGCGCCUGCCAGGCCCCGCACGGUGCCCAAACGCCAGAUCGAGCUGCGCCCCCGGCCUCGCAGUCCCCCGCGGGAGGCUGGCGCGCCGCGCCCCCGUCUGCUGCUACGCACCGGCUCCCUGGACGAGUCCCUGGGCCGCCUACAGGCUGCUGCGGACCUCGUGCAGACGGCACUGGCCAGGAAACUAAACCCCGCGACCCCUACGCCAAGCAGCGCCACCUUCGGACCCACGAUACCGCCGGAGCCUGCGACCCCGGAAACGCCCCGCAGUACUCGAGUGGCCCUGGAGGAGGCCAGGUCUCGGCCGCCCCGUGUGCAGUAUAGUCCAGCCCCCGCCAGGGCCCCAAGACCGUGGCCUAGCCUCCGCGAGCGCGCCAUUCGGCGAGACAAGCCUGCGCCCGGGACCGAGCCGCUGGGUCCCGUUAGUUCCAGCAUCUUCUUGCAAUCAGGGGAGAAGACCCAGGAGGCGCACAACCAGGACCCCAAGCCACGAGAGACUCCGGAUCGAACCGGCCUGCGGGCACAGAAUCCGCCCUUCGAGUCUCGGGCCCCCUGGGAGAUUUCGAGUGAGGCUGUGAGACCGAGGAGCCCGUCCCCGCUGUGGCAAGGCCCAAAUGGGACCUUGCGAGGUCCUCACUGCCCCUCCCCGCCCAAGCCGUGCCCAUGGAAUCGGGCUGUCCAGAAGGUGAGUCGCUCAUCGCUCCCGGAGGCAUCCUCCACAGGGGGAAAUCGGGAUGCUGCUGUCACGGAAACUGUCAGCAGAAAGAGUCCUUCCCCUCCGACCCUUUCCCAGUGGAAUCAGGGUAUUGCCGGGGCAAGAAGCCCAUCCCCCGAAGCGCCUUCCUCGUGGGAGGGUCCGCGGCCGGCAGUGUCGGAAAGAGUUGAGGAGACGAGGAGUCCGUCCCCGCCGGUCUUGUCCUCAUGGGAGGCGCCAGAUCGUCCGCUGCGGACGUGGAGCCCAUCGCCCCAAGAGACUUGGGACCCCUCAGGGCAGAGUUCAUCCGUAGUAUCUACGCGGGAAGCUGUGAAUGGCUUAGCCCAGGAGGAACUGGUGCCACCCACACCAUCUGCACCCGGGACUCCAGAGCUGGCAGAGGAGCAGAGUCCGUCCACGCGGGAGAUGCGGGAUCUUGCCUUCCAAGGCAGUCAGCUGUCGCCAGAGGUGGCUUCACCCCAGCCUCCCCUCAGUCGCCUCGUGGGCACCCCGGAUGCCAGUGCGCACCCGGAAGCCUUGGGGCCUGGAGACGCGACCUCGGGACGCCCGCGCGUGACCAUCCCACGGCCCCGCGACGUGCGCAAGAUGGUAAAGACUACAUACGCCCCAAGCUUCGCAGCAGGCACCUCAGGCUCGGGGCUGUCCGCGCCCCCUGCGGACCCCGGCGAGGAGGAGGGCGACGCAUCCAAGACCCGAGAGAUUCAGGCGUUGGGACCCCCCGCCCCGGCUCACUACACCUCGGUUUUCCUCAAGGACUUUCUGCCGGUCGUGUCACACCCCUAUGAGCCCCCAGAGCCGCCUCCAGACACAGCCCCUCGGGACGUCACGCAGCCUAACGGUGUGGUGCGGCGGAGGGCAGAGAACAGCACGGCGAAACCCUUCGCGCGCACCGAGAUCCGUCUGCCCGGUGCCCUGGCCGUAGCCCGCCGGCCGGAGGGAACCCGGGGAGUCCUGGUGCACUGUCCUGGCGGAAAGGAUCGGGAUGCCGAGCCCCAGCGCCUGGUCCCCGACGACCGGGGUCGCACGAGCCCUCUAGGCGGCGCUCGUACUCCGCCCCCGCGGUCGCCCGCAGGGUCCGCAGGGCCCCAAGCUCCGCGGCCGCCCCGCCGCCGCUCCCCGCAGGCGCCGCCGAGCCCGAGCCUGGGAGGAGCGCGCAGACGGGAGACGCCCGCUCCGGCCCCCGAGCCCGCGCUGGCCGUCCAGGCGCCCCUCCCGCGGCAGCCCCAGGCGUCGGCGCCCAGAGCGGCCCCGCCCCAGCCCCGUGCCGCCUCGGCGCCUCCCAUGGACCGGGCCCCCGAGGGCCCCUCCCAGGGGGCGCGCCGGCUGCCCGGGGCCGCGCACCCGGGGAAGGUCCUGGUGGACCCCGAGAGCGGCCGCUACUACUUCGUGGAGGCGCCGCGGCAGCCGAGGCUGAGGCUGCUCUUCGACCCCGAGAGCGGGCAGUACGUGGAGGUGCUGCUGCCGCCUUCGCCCUCGGUGCCAUCUCGUCGCAUAUACACCCCCGUGGCUCUGGGGCCCGGCCUCUACCCGCCGGCCUAUGGGCCUGUCCCUGGCCUCUCCCUGCCACCGUCCCCGGGCCCGCCCGCCUUCAGCGGCACCCAGCUGCCCUGGGCCUCGGAGGCGGGGGCCCUGGACGGCAUGUACUACCUGCCAGUGAGUGGGACCCCUAGCCCCGCACCUCCUCUGCUCCUCUGUGCCGCUCCGCCCUCCGGCUUGGGUCCCGUCCAGCCCAGCAAGGGCUCCCUGUUCCCUGUGUGAGGCCCUAGGGCCUGAUCGCCAUGGCGUUGGGGCCUCCCGAUGGCCUUGGAGGUGGUGACAUCCAGCCCUCUGCCCUCUUUUCCUUUUUUCACCUCUUUCUUUUCCACCAUCUCCUGCAGUCUUCAGACGGGAAGUCACUUUUAGGGUAUGUUUCUGAGACGCCCCAUGAUUGGCGGAGCUGGAGCUCAGGAAAUGGGUGCCUACUUCCUCCCCAACAAAAUCUACACCCCUUCCCUAAGCAUCCAUUCCCAGAGUGUGGUGUGCUGGUGUGUGUGUGUGUGUGUGUGUGUCUCACCUGAAAAAUGCACAACGUGAGAGUUAGGGGUUAAGUUUUAUUUGGAGCAAGAUGAGGACUCUAAGCUUGGGAGACAGCCCCUCUGAUCACUCGGAAGAGGUGGGGGGGGUCAUUAUACAUGUGAUUUUGGUGAAGAGGGGAUAUAUGCAUUCAAGGCACAUUUUGCAGAAGGCUGCUGCUCGUCUCAAGGAGCAGAUGUCUCUGUUCAUGAUGUUAGUGCUUUUCUAGGAUGAGACGAUGUAAGACCCUGGGCUCACAAAACCUCCUCCGAAGGCCUAUCCUGCUAGUUUUCCCUGGAGCACAGGGCGCCUCCCUCCUGAUCUCUGCUCUGAACUCCUUGCCGGAUGUGCUGAAAGCCAGCGACUGCAGCGGCUAGUGACUUCGUCCUUGUAGAGGGAGACGGUGCAUGACACCUUUUAGUUGGCGUGUAAAAGUGACAAGUCCCAGGACAUGGUCCUGGCCCUGACCUGAGGGGGUGACCGGGUUCUCCGGGGGCAGCAGGAAAUGAAGCUGCAGGGGCCAGGGCUGCCCCUAGAGGAGUGAGCUGUCUGUCUCUCCCGGAAGUGCGGACUAGUGAAUGCUGGUGGGAUGGAGAGAGAAGGACACUGGCCUUCUUGGGAAGGGAUCUGAGCCUUGGCCCGGGAGGCCUGGGGGAAAGUGGAUGAGCGAGGCUCAUCCGAGAAGGGGCGCUGUGGGGACGGUAGGUGGAGGUGGAGCAGGCAAGUCAAAUAGGAGAGGCUGUGGAGGGUCAGCCUGGGACUUGAGGUGGGGGUCCCCAGGGGCGGUGACUGCAGUCUCCAGCCGGGAGGGCUGCCCCACAUUCUCCCCUCAACCCCAGCCUCUGACCUGGCUUGUCCAAGCCCUCAGAGCCGAGCUGGCUCAUCUUGGGGUCAGGAGUGGGGGCUUCAGCCAUUCCCACCCCGGAUGGGGGGCAGAUGAGUAAGUCAGCAGGAAAGACGUGGCAGCAGGGAGGGCUGCUGAGCUGUUGUGCAGAGGAGACGCUCGACCUCCCUGGGCAGGGUGGAGGGGGGGCAGCCCCCUCAGCUGGUUCCAGCCCCCCCAGUGGCAGAUGUGGCACCCAGGCCUAGAGAGGGGCUGGCUCUGAAGCCGGUCACAGCAGAGGAAGAGACAGGACCCAGACCCCCUGUUCCAGUUGCCUUGAGAUUCCAGGAACCGCAGAGGAGCGGGGAGGGCGACGCAUGGGCAGGAAGGGGCUCUGUGUGGGGUCUGCGUGGAGGUGAGAGCGACGUGGCGGGGCCUUGCUGGGCUGGAAUGUGAUGUGAUGAGUUCGAGAAAGAACAGUUACCAUUAGGAGCAGGGUCAGGGAUGGGAUCAAUGCCUUCCUUAGGUUCCAGGCCACUAGGGACGCCCAGUCCCUUGGCGGUACUGCCCCCCUGCCUUGGACUGGAAGCUGAGAGAACCUGGCCAUCUUCCUGUGGCUAGUGAUGCUGGUUCUGACGGCAAGGAGGGCCCUGGGCCGCCUCCCCCUCGUCGUGGUGUGCAAUAAAUCGCUGACCUGGUGGCCAUGAUGGCUGGAAA